AUGUUUUCCCCCGGCCAGGAGGAGCACUGCGCCCCCAAUAAGGAGCCCGUGAAAUACGGGGAGCUGGUGGUACUGGGGUACAAUGGUGCUUUACCUAAUGGAGACAGAGGCCGGAGGAAAAGCAGAUUUGCUCUCUACAAGCGGCCAAAGGCUAACGGAGUCAAACCCAGCACAGUCCAUGUGAUAUCCACUCCACAGGCGUCCAAGGCUAUCAGCUGCAAAGGUCAACACAGUAUAUCGUACACUCUGUCAAGGAAUCAGACUGUGGUGGUUGAGUACACACAUGAUAAAGAUACGGAUAUGUUUCAGGUGGGCAGAUCAACAGAAAGCCCUAUCGACUUCGUCGUUACAGACACAAUUUCUGGCAGUCAGAACAAUGAUGAAGCGCAGAUUACACAGAGCACCAUAUCUAGGUUUGCCUGCAGGAUAGUCUGUGACAGGAACGAACCUUACACAGCACGAAUAUUCGCAGCUGGAUUCGACUCUUCCAAAAACAUAUUUCUUGGAGAAAAGGCAGCAAAGUGGAAAAAUCCUGACGGCCACAUGGAUGGGCUCACAACGAAUGGCGUGCUGGUGAUGCAUCCGAGAGGUGGCUUCACUGAGGAGUCCCAGCCUGGGGUCUGGCGUGAGAUCUCUGUCUGUGGAGACGUGUAUACUUUGAGAGAGACCAGGUCUGCGCAGCAAAGAGGAAAGCUGGUGGAAACUGAGACCAACGUCCUGCAGGAUGGCUCCCUCAUCGACCUGUGCGGGGCCACCCUGCUCUGGAGGACGGCGGAUGGCCUCUUUCACACCCCAACCCAGAAGCACAUCGAAGCGCUGCGGCAGGAGAUCAACGCGGCGCGGCCGCAGUGUCCAGUGGGGCUCAACACCUUAGCCUUCCCCAGCAUCAACAGGAAAGAGGUGGUGGAGGAGAAGCAGCCCUGGGCGUACCUCAGCUGCGGCCACGUGCACGGCUACCACAACUGGGGCCAUCGCAGCGACACGGAGGCCAACGAGCGGGAGUGCCCCAUGUGCAGGACUGUGGGCCCCUACGUGCCGCUCUGGCUCGGCUGCGAGGCGGGCUUUUACGUAGACGCGGGACCGCCCACUCACGCUUUCACCCCUUGCGGACACGUGUGCUCAGAGAAGUCUGCGAAAUACUGGGCUCAGAUCCCGCUGCCUCACGGAACUCACGCCUUUCAUGCCGCCUGCCCUUUCUGUGCCACGCAGCUGCUUGGGGAGCAGAACUGCAUCAAACUGAUUUUCCAAGGUCCAGUUGAUUGA